UAACAAUUUUUUUACGAUAUGACGUCAUACCGUUAUUUAAACAUACCGUAAUUUUCGGGUUAUUCAGUCCUAUUAGCAACAUCGCGGCUGUACGUUACUGUUAUCGCGGGCCGCGUGGACAUCUAGAUUUAUUCGUCAUGAACCAGGACGUGGACACCACGAGGAAAUGUUUAUCUACUACGUACUACGCUUACUUACCAACGUUUUUGCUCGACACGUCUCCAUUGCAAUGCUAGAGUAUUUUAACUUGAAUGUUAAUGCUGAGCUUAUUUUAAUGUCUAGGUAAAGAUUUUUAAACCGAUACGUAUCAUUAAUUUAAAGUGUAAAAUAUCAUGUUUUCGAUAAAAUUAAGACUACAACUAUACUCUACACAAAAUACGAAUUAUUAUAAACUUAAAAAUGAAUAAAUGAUAAGUAACAAAAGACCCGCUAACAUCCUAUCUUUCACAAACCCUCUUUAAUGAAUGAAACGACCCAGACAUCACGUGUCGUCAGCAAACGAAAACGCGCCACAGCCAGCACAAGUCAGCAACCACCAACUCUCAAAGAAACACUCUUGAAAUAAAGAAAGCGAGACAGCACUCUACACAGUUUAUAGCUCUGUCUCAUUUUCACACGCGCAUCAGUCUUGCGCAAAAAGUUAGUGGUAGGUCUGCAGCACAGCGUAACGAUAGCGGAAUCGAACCGGCGAUAUGUUAAUGCGCGUCCGAUCGUGACGCACGACGUUCAUCCUGCCGGACACUUGCGGAAGAUCACCACCUUGAUACGUACUGAGAAUAUUUUUUAUGUGUAAAUAGCGUGGCUGUGAGUCGUUCGGAAACAUUCAAUGGGUUUGUUAUUGGCUCCCAAUAAUGAGCUGAGGUUAGAUAUUAUGUGGGCAUUAUGGUGCUGGGAAUGUCGGCUUUAGUUGAGUACUGUUAUUUCUCAGGAAAUCUUGGCUUUUGUGUUCAGUUCAUAUUUAAUUUCCCAUGUAAUGAAAAUAUCUGCCGAUAAUGGUGAAAAACAGGAACCAUUUAAAGACUUAUUAAAACAAUAGUUCUCCUGCCGUUAUACCAAAUACCUAAGGGUCGGCAAACAUCAAAAAAAGAAUUAAUAAUGCAUAAACAUGCAAACACAUUAAAACAGCCUUUCGAUUUCAUACUUUAAAAUUCAGAAUUAGAAUUAACAACUUAUCUUAAAUUCAAAACAUCAAAUCAAAUAGCAUUAUUAAAUCUCAGAGACUUCAAACAAAAAACCUCUACAAUACACAUUCGAAAACUUAUCUAAAUCGCGAAACCAGUUCCAGAACGUCAGCCUCAUUCAAAUAUGUAAUUCCUGCUGUAACUAUUAAACACCUAUGAUAUUAUCGCGGGCCUCGCAUGAUAGAUGUACACAUCCCUCUGUAGUCUGUACCCAGCCUAACAAACACAAAUAAAUCAAGAUGUGUGCAACGAUAAUCGUGUCCGACUUUGUCACUCAACUCUUUGUUCGUAACUUUUUAGUAGCUUUUUUAUUUUGUAACUGGCAACAUUGGUAAUGGCGCUCAUAAUGUUUUGUAGUGACGUUAAGACGACAUGUUUAAAAAAAGGAACGAUGUUUUAAUAGAUUUUUUUUUGGAGUUAGAUGAAUUAGAUGAUUGUUUUUUAGAUUUUGUCUAUGAUUGACGGUUUAAUCAUGUGCCUAUACUUUUUUUAUGUAGAUCAGAUGGUUACGACACAGUUUGUUUUAUGCUUUCUGACAGGUCUUUGUCUUAACUGCACAUAAUGAUUUAAUUAAUUUAUCCUACUUUUGUACUACCACGCCAUUACUAUGAAUCAGUACUAACUACAAAUCCCAAUUUUUCCCUAUCGUACUUCCUUACAAAGGUACUUGUUAAAAUAUUAGACAUAUUAUUCACACAAGCAACGCCAUCUAUCAUCACAAAAUAAAACUGAAGUCGACAAGAAAUUUUAGAAUCCAUGCUAUUGAUGGAUGUUGGAGCAAGAUAUUAAUAAAUCGGCGUGUAUUAAUAUUUAAUGAAUAAAUUUUUAUCUCAAGUUAUCAGGGAAUCUGAUACGUUCAAGGUUCGUUGCAUUUUGGGAGCCCUUACAACUUGUAAAGGACGUAAGAAAUAAACUUCAGUUAAGUUCAGGUUUGGUCUUCAAUAUUAGAUUCUUUAACUUAUAAAUUGUGCAAAAAUUACUUAAUUACUCCUUUGCAAUAAGAACUAGCAUGACCUAGUUUUUUAAACUGGCAAUAAAGAAAUCCAAUGCAAAUUGCAAGUGCUAUAACUACUUUAGUUAUUUCUACUUCCCAUUAGAAAAUUGGCAUAAAUAGCGUGACUGUUUAUGUAAACAACUCAAUAAUAAACUUUACACACUCAAAUGAUGAACUUUUCGACUUACAGAUUAGAGUCACGACUGAAGGACUCCACAAAGUCGUACAACAUAUAACUACCGUUCACAAGUAUGUUGCUAUACAGAUUGUAUUUACACGAAAAGUAAAUAAUGAGUAUUUAUUUAUUUUCGCUAUCUGUUGAUAAGUGGAGUGUAGCGAUUACCGUGAGUUAUCAAUCGAGAUAUGGUUCGUACCGGGCUGUGGUAGCGCGGGCGCUGCCGGGCGCGGGACGGCUGCGCUCGGCGGGACCUAGGUGAUCGCUCACACGCGUCACUAUCACAGAUCUGUAUCUCAGCGAUUGUGACGCCACCGAUGCACGACUAUUUUAAUUGGACCUCGAUCACAGCCCCGAUAACACCUCAACAAGAUGGCGGCUUUGUUUUUUAACCCUACGUGUGUAGGCACGUGUAUGACGCUUGUCGGCCGCCUUGUACCCGACAUUUAACAUUACAUUAUAAUAAUUCAUACGAAUUUUCAUACGAGAACGCAAACAUGCAUUGUUCUCCUGCAAUUCGUGAGGCAACUUCGCAGUCAAAGGGUACACCUAAUCUAACAAGCUCAUUGUUAAGUUCUAGUCAAAACUAUGCGGGCUAGCUUUCAACGAAUACAUGAGUCGCAUGUUUCUCUCUUGUACGAACGCAAUGACAUGUUUAUAAAGACAAAGGGCACAGAUGUAUAUCAUUUAACGAAUCGACGUUCAGUUCGCGAGAGCUGCAUAAACGACACCGAGUCACGCCAUCUAUCUGAUUGUCCGGACAACCUUUCGCCAAGCCAACAAUCACAAGCUUAUAACUUAUUUAGCGAAAAACAGAAGCUGGAGCGCGACUAACGAACCGCGAUAAGCUCGCGUUCGGUAUGACGCUAACAUUAAGCUGCCAGAUAAAGGCAGCAUUAGUCGGCCAAUCGCGCGUCACCAACCAAUCGUAAUGACCAAUCGGAACGCGCGCACACUAGGAUAGCGUGACCCGAACGCAAUCCGAUCCGAGCAGUGUUCGUUACCGCGAGAUGGCGGUCGGUGCGCGGCCGCACCAAUCGUCGCGUCCAUCUCGCUGUCGUGCCCAUAUAAUGAUCUUCACAGGGCCAGGAGAAUGAAGUUGAGCCUCUCAUUAAUUGGCGUUUUGAGUCGAGAUCGCUGCGCGAAAGAUAGGUUAAUUCCUCGCUCGGUAGAGAUCGUUGUCGCUCCAAAAGGAAGGUGAGGACGAGGAAUGGGGAAACGAGAGCGAGGCGAUGCCGGGAGAACCUCGCACACCAAGCUCAGGAGGCGAGCGCGCCGCGUCGAGCGGGGGAGCCUCGCCCGCGUCCGGGGGCUCGCCUGCCGCGUCGCCGCCUCGCCUGCGCCUCAACACCAGCCUCGCCACUGACCCGGCGCUCGCUCCGCAGGCCACCUCGCUCAAACACGAGCCACCAUCACCGUCACCGCCACCACCACCGGCGCCACAAGCAAGAGACUACCUCGCUUUGACGGCGGCCGCGUUUCCAGGACUUUUUCCUGCAUCUACCGCCCCGAGCUACGUAUGCAAGCCGUGUGGCAUUCGCUACUCGUCUCUGAGUACAUUGCAAGCACAUCAAGAACACUAUUGUUCGAAUAGAUUGCCUAAGCCAACAGAAGGAGCAAACGCAACAGCUGACCCUUCAGUUGAUGAGUCGAGCAGUGAUGCGAAAACUCCGCGUCCUGCCGGCAAACAGUAUGCGUGCACAUACUGUUCAUAUAGUGCCGACAAGAAAGUUAGUUUGAACAGGCACAUGAGGAUGCAUUCAUCGUCGCCAGUAAGCAGCGGCACUCCAGCGCCGACACCGACCUCUAACGGUGAAGCCACAGAGGGUCCGCCGGUACAGGACCGCUACUGCGCAGACUGUGAUAUUCGAUUUAGCUCUAUCAAGACUUACCGAGCGCAUAAACAGCAUUAUUGUAGCACAAGACAAGUUGUAAAGCAAGCGCUGGCAGCAGCUCGAGGCGGCUCGGCGACGUCCGGAUCCGCGCCGCCCUCCCCGGGAGCUACUCCACCAGCGCAGAACCAGUACGCCCUCGCGUUACCGACUAAUCCCAUUUUAAUUGUACCCUACUCACUGUUACGGAGUGCCAGUACUCUCCCGGGUGCGACACUGCCCGACCCUGAUACGCCAUGUUUCUUGUUACCAAAUGGAACUUUCCAGCCUAUCAGUCGAGCUUUAUCCAACAUAAACGCCGAUGGAAAAGAACCUGAGGUUUUGAAAUCAGCAAAUAGACCUCGAGAGCCAUCAAGAGACGGAGCCACUCCUCUGGACCUUAGUGUCCGGCGGUCGCCAGAAUCGGUGGUAACUGAUGAACACGAAAAAGAGAAUAGGAUACGUUCCGCGACACCCGAGCAGAUAGUGUGUGCUCCUUCUCUGCCAGGAUCUCCAGGCACACCGUCUCCGUCUCGAAGGUCCUCAUCGCCGAGCGCAGAAAGCUCGCCUAAACGACGGCGGCGGAACUCCCGAGGGCCCACACCAAAACCUCCCAGCGUGCCCUCGCCACCUGAAGAAAAAUUCACACCAAUCGUUCCUCCCGCAAUUCUUCCUCCUGCUCUUGCAAUUCGCCUCGCAUCAGAAUUGCCAGUGACGGCAGCAUCUCCUCAAGUGCUUGUAAAGCAAGGAGUUUCGAAGUGCAAGGAAUGCAACAUCGUGUUUUGCAAGUAUGAGAACUACCGCAUCCACAAGCGGCACUAUUGCUCGGCGGGCGGCGGAGAGGAGCGCGCCAGCCCCGCGCCGCCGGAGCCGGGCCCGCCGCCGCAGUACCGCCAGCUGAUCUGCCUCGCGUGCGGCAUCCACUUCAGCUCGCUGGACAACUUGACGACGCACCAGUCGUUCUACUGCACGAAGCGCGAGACUCGGUCGCCGCGCAGCGUGCCGGAGGCUCCGCGGCCCACGUCGGGCUCGGAGGGAGGGUGGAAGUGUCCCUGCUGUGAGGUGGUGUCGCCCACCGCCGCCGCCGCGCAGCGCCACAUGGAGGCGCACGCCGGCGUCAAGGCCUUCCGCUGCACCAUCUGCCGGUACCGGGGCAACACGCUGCGAGGCAUGCGCACGCAUAUUCGCAUGCACUUCAACAACAAGAAACCUGCUGAUCUGCAGGAGGAGAGCUACAUAGCAUGCGUGCUGGAGGAAGACAGUCGCGAGGCGACCUCCCCGAGCCCAGCGGUGGGCGGCGAGCGCGUGCACCGCUGCGGCAGCUGCGCCUACACCUCCACCUACCGCGGCAACGUCGUGCGACACGCGCGCCUCGUACACGCCACCGACGAACCAGAGGAAGAACAGACCUCCCCAGUCCCAACAGUGGACAUCAAAAAGGAACCAGAGACAGAACUAGAGGAGACCCCAAACUACUGCAAGUCGUGCGACAUAUCGUUUAAAUACGUGAACACUUACAAAGCACACAAGCAGUUCUACUGCACCGCUAACAACCAGGAUGCGGCGGCCAACAACAACGUGCCUACGCCCGCCAGGGUCACAGACACUCCUGUACUAUAAAUUCUAGUGCGAGACUUCGCUCUAAUCUCAAACAUUCAUGUAUAUCGGGCAAAGUGAUGCACAAUAAUUUCAUCAAAAACAUUUACUGGGAAGGUAACUACUAGCGCCAUCUCUUCUUGUGAGUGGGAACUAACGAAGUUAAUAGACAAAGAAGAAUGAAUCAAAGAGUUUACGUCUCAUGGUUGUCUGUUGUUUAAUGCAAUUUGAUUUGUACAGGUUUUUUAUGAAAUUAAUUGUGAUUGCUUUAUCAAACCUAAAGUUUUGAACAUCAUACUUUAAAAAUAUCGCUCGCAAAUACAACAAUUGCUUACGUUGCUUCAACAGAUAUUCUUGUAAUUAUUCUAGAAAUAAGAAUGUAUCUUCGCGUUUUGAAAUAAAAUAUAAAAUUAAAUGUGCAAUAAAUUAAUGAUUAUUAAAAUUACACUAUAAUAACGCAUAUCAAUGCCAAAUCGAUGUUUGACAUUUUCGAUUCAAUGUUAUAAUUAUUAUUAUGGUAAAAUAAAAUACUUAGCUUACGCUACGUCACAUAAUAUCUACAAAAGUAGUACAAAUGCGUGGAAGAAUGUACUCAAUAAAAUGAAAUGGCGUGACAUAACCUAAGUAUAUUUUCUCUUAACCCUUAAAUGCUGGCAGUGGUUAAAAAAGUCCAUCGCACGUUUUAUGCGAGAUUUUUUUUUGUACUACAAGCAAAAAGGUCUUAUAUUGGCUAAUGUAAAUACAAGCCCUCAAUACUUUAAGAUUUUUGUUACUCUGUUAUUGUAAAUUUCCUAGUUAAAAGUUAAACUUCGUAUUUGUAUUAGUAUACGGUUAAAAAAUAUUACCAAAAUUGUAAAUAUAUGUAUGUAAAGAUAUUACUAAAUAUUAUUACCAUUCGUUUUAAGUGAUUGUUCGAUUUUGUUGUUAAUUUUUGUUUAAUAUUAAUUAAUUAUUAGGCGAAUUUAUCUACUCCUUAACGCAGGUGCUGAUCCAAUAAUGAGGUUUUAUUUACCAGUGUCAUUAUAACAGCCAUUUUAAAAAUAAAAACUGUAAUAUUCUAUUUCUUUCGGAUACGUACUUUACUUCUAAUCAGCUAUCACCGAAUAUGAACAGAGUCAGAGAUGGUUAAAAAAACAUAUUUCCUUUACAUAUUGAGUUUUAACAUUCUUCUUUCAUUUUCACGAUUAAAAUAUUCAGUUAUCAAUGAAAAAUUAGGAAUAUUACAGUUUUUAUUUUAUGAAUAAUUUUCAUCAUUUAAAUGCAAACAUUUACUUUAGUAUACGUAUUUCGUUUUUCAAACAGUGUAAACUUGCUUACCACAGUAUUUAUCGUUCUCCAAACAAAAAGUAUCAAAACUUAAGUGUUAAUAAAAAAUAUAUAAAGUUACUAAGACCAGAAAAAAUGUAGGACGGUAACGAAAACGAGAUACCAUAUUCAAAUUUAACGGAAUUUUACUAUGAAUUAGUUAAGGAAUAGACUAAAACCUUUUUUUUCAAAUAUGGCGGGCUUUUCUGAAUUACUUUGUAAUACGUAAAUUGAAACCAUCAAUCUCUGUCGACUUCACAUUUAAUCGUAACUAAUUAUUUUUUGCUUGAUGCGGAAUAAUUGCCUUUUGGUCCCAUAAAUAUUGAAAAAUAUUAACUUUUGAUCAGCAGUUUCAGCAUAGCAUAGACAAACAGACAAAAAAAAGUCCGUACAUUUUUUCUGGCCUUUGUAAAAACCAUGUUUUGUGAAUGCCAAAGCAUCGCUAGAAUAAUCGUAAUUUGCAUUUAUAGUUAUCUCAUUAAUAUAGCUGUAGAUUAAGUGACUACAAGACUUGUUCCCUACGUAUAAUUAUAUUAUUGUAAUUUGUGUAUUUUUGUUUGUCUGUCUGUAAAGGAAUGAGUCUCGAUUCAAUGUUGCGAUAAAUAUAGGUACAAAACAGAAUUUAUGUUAAUCUUCCAUUUUUAUGACGUAUUCGGUGGGCAGGUGUACAAAAGUGACGUCAUUAUAAAAUCUGAUUUUCACCAUGAAGUUAAAAGUAACUAGGUUGAUAGCACGGCUGUCAUUGUGCGAGCAAGAUGGCGCAAUAUAUCAUAAGUAGCGGUGUCUCGCUCUCACAAUGGCAUAUGUCAUGACAGCAGAAUUUGUCAUGUUAUAUAACCAAUAUAACUGGCUUUUAAGUGUAUUUUACUUUACACUAACAAUCACUGCUUUCUACAUCAAAACUCAUAUACCAUAUUUAUAAAAAACUUCUUCAUCUACGUACUUAGGUACUAUAUACCAAGUUAAUUUUAUACAAGCCUGCCCACAAAAUGUAGAAUUAACGUAAAAAUCAUGACAUUUUAUGUAAAACAAGUAUAUAACGAAACACAGCAUCUGAUGUUAUGUGCCAUAACUGUGUUCUCAUUAAAGCAUAGUUCUUAAUGUAGGGGCGUCAUCUCGAAUAAAAUUACAAUACAUUUUAUUUCGUAUGUUUUCACGUUUGUCUUAAAUUUAUUAAUGGCCACUUGUAAGUUAGAAAUAGAAUCUUUAAUUCGAAUUCUAAAAGAAAGAAGUUGCAUUGCUAGUACCAAGCAUUUAAAACAGUGCCGUGGCGACUGUGCAAGCGAGACAGUGAUAUACACUCCAUAUAGCUGUCUCUCGCUCUUACAACGAUAAAGGUUCGUACUUAUUACCGAUAAUUAUGUCAAAUUAACAGCUAAGAUAGAUUAUGAGGCCAUCUAAUAAUUUAAGACACUCGUUCUGUACCUACCAAUAUUUAAAAUGCAACAUUAUUAUUAUUAAGAAGUUGACUUAAAGUGAUAAUAACAAUUAAUGAAAGUAACUGAUGUAGGCAUACAAUGAUAUUGUAAAAAUACCGCCAGACAAUAAAUUAUUUAUCACAUAU